AUGUCAACAGAUGCUGAGAUGGCCAUCUUUGGGGAGGCAGCUCCUUACCUCCGGAAGUCAGAGAAGGAGAGAAUCGAGGCCCAGAACAAGCCUUUUGAUGCCAAGUCAUCUGUCUUUGUGGUACAUGCAAAGCAAUCCUAUGUGAAAAGCACAGUCCAAAGCAGGGAAGCAGGGAAGGUCACUGUGAAGACCGAAGGUGGAGAAACUCUUACCGUCAAAGACGAUCAGGUCUUCUCCAUGAACCCCCCCAAGUAUGAUAAAAUCGAGGACAUGGCCAUGAUGACCCACCUCCAUGAACCCGCUGUGCUGUACAACCUCAAAGAGCGUUAUGCAGCCUGGAUGAUCUACACCUACUCGGUUCUCUUCUGUGUCACCGUCAACCCCUACAAGUGGCUGCCGGUGUACAACCCGGAGGUGGUGUUGGCCUACCGAGGCAAGAAGCGCCAGGAGGCCCCUCCACACAUCUUCUCCAUCUCUGACAACGCCUAUCAGUUCAUGCUGACUGAUCGCGAGAACCAGUCGAUCCUGAUCACCGGAGAAUCCGGUGCCGGGAAGACUGUGAACACCAAGCGUGUCAUCCAGUACUUUGCAACAAUUGCAGCCAGUGGGGACAAGAAGAAGGAGGAGCAGCAGCCAACGGGCAAAAUGCAGGGGACGCUUGAGGAUCAAAUCAUCAGCGCCAACCCGCUGCUGGAGGCCUUUGGGAACGCCAAGACCGUGAGGAACGACAACUCCUCACGCUUUGGCAAAUUCAUCAGAAUCCAUUUUGGUGCCACGGGGAAACUGGCGUCUGCUGACAUUGAAACCUAUCUGCUGGAGAAGUCCAGAGUCACUUUCCAGCUCAAGGCAGAAAGAAGCUACCACAUCUUUUACCAGAUCAUGUCCAACAAGAAGCCCGAGCUAAUUGAGAUGUUACUGAUCACCACCAACCCAUAUGACUAUCUUUAUGUGAGUCAAGGCGAGAUCACAGUUCCCAGCAUUAAUGACCAGGAGGAGCUGAUGGCCACAGAUAGUGCCAUUGACAUCCUGGGCUUCACUGCUGAUGAGAAAACAGCCAUCUACAAGCUGACAGGGGCUGUCAUGCACUAUGGCAACCUGAAGUUCAAGCAGAAGCAGCGUGAGGAGCAGGCAGAGCCUGAUGGCACAGAAGUGGCUGACAAGGCUGCCUACCUGAUGGGUCUGAACUCAGCAGACCUGCUCAAGGCUCUCUGCUACCCCCGAGUCAAGGUGGGGAAUGAAUAUGUGACCAAAGGCCAAACUGUGCAGCAGGUAUACAAUUCAGUGGGUGCUCUGGCAAAAUCUGUCUUUGAGAAGAUGUUCCUGUGGAUGGUUGUUCGUAUCAACCAACAGCUGGAUACCAAGCAGCCCAGACAGUACUUCAUUGGUGUCCUGGACAUUGCUGGCUUUGAGAUCUUUGAUUUCAACAGCCUGGAGCAGCUGUGCAUCAACUUCACCAACGAGAAACUGCAACAGUUCUUCAACCACCACAUGUUCGUGCUGGAGCAGGAGGAGUACAAGAAGGAGGGAAUUGAAUGGGAAUUCAUUGACUUUGGGAUGGACCUGGCUGCCUGCAUUGAGCUCAUUGAGAAGCCCAUGGGCAUCUUCUCCAUCCUGGAAGAGGAGUGCAUGUUCCCCAAGGCAACUGACACCUCUUUCAAGAACAAGCUCUAUGACCAACAUCUGGGCAAGUCCAACAACUUCCAGAAGCCCAAACCUGGAAAAGGCAAAGCUGAGGCCCACUUCUCCCUGGUGCACUAUGCUGGCACAGUGGACUACAACAUCGCUGGCUGGCUGGAGAAGAACAAGGAUCCCUUGAAUGAAACUGUUGUGGGGCUGUACCAGAAAUCAUCCCUGAAGACAUUGGCCUUACUCUUUGCCUCUGCCGGUGGAGCAGAAGCAGAGAGUGGUGGUGGUGGCAAGAAGGGUGCCAAGAAGAAGGGUUCUUCCUUCCAGACUGUCUCAGCUCUUUUCCGGGAAAAUUUAAACAAGCUGAUGAGCAACCUGCGAAGCACACAUCCCCAUUUCGUGAGAUGCCUUAUUCCUAAUGAAACAAAAACACCUGGUGCCAUGGAGCAUGAGCUGGUGCUGCAUCAGCUGCGGUGCAACGGAGUGCUGGAAGGGAUCAGAAUUUGCAGGAAAGGAUUCCCCAGCAGAAUCCUCUAUGCAGACUUUAAACAGAGGUACAAGGUGCUUAAUGCCAGUGCCAUCCCAGAGGGACAGUUCAUUGAUAGCAAGAAGGCUUCUGAGAAGCUUCUUGGGUCAAUUGAUGUGGAUCACACCCAGUACAAAUUUGGACACACCAAGGUGUUCUUCAAAGCUGGGCUGCUGGGGCUCCUGGAGGAGAUGAGGGAUGAGAAGCUGGCACAGCUCAUCACCCGCACACAGGCCAUGUGCAGGGGUUACCUGAUGAGAGUGGAGUUCAAGAAAAUGAUGGAGAGGAGAGAGUCCAUCUUCUGCAUCCAGUACAAUGUUAGGUCCUUCAUGAAUGUGAAGCACUGGCCCUGGAUGAAGCUGUUCUUCAAGAUCAAGCCCUUGCUGAAGAGUGCAGAGUCUGAGAAGGAGAUGGCCAACAUGAAGGAGGAGUUUGAGAAAACCAAGGAGGAGCUUGCAAAGUCUGAGGCCAAGAGGAAAGAGCUGGAGGAGAAAAUGGUUUCUUUGCUGCAGGAGAAAAAUGACCUGCAGCUCCAAGUGCAGGCUGAAGCUGAUGGUCUGGCUGAUGCUGAGGAAAGGUGUGACCAGCUCAUCAAAACCAAAAUCCAGCUGGAAGCCAAAAUUAAGGAGCUGACAGAGAGAGCAGAAGAUGAAGAAGAAAUUAAUGCUGAGCUGACAGCCAAGAAGAGGAAACUGGAGGAUGAAUGUUCAGAGCUGAAGAAAGAUAUUGAUGACCUUGAGCUAACACUGGCCAAGGUUGAGAAGGAAAAGCAUGCCACUGAAAACAAGGUGAAAAACCUCACAGAGGAGAUGGCAGCCCUGGACGAGACCAUUGCCAAGCUGACCAAAGAGAAGAAAGCCCUCCAAGAGGCCCAUCAGCAGACGCUGGAUGACCUGCAGGCAGAGGAGGACAAAGUCAACACUCCAGAAAGGCAGUUCAGCUGUUCUCUCAUGGCUGCUCAUCUCAAGGCUCGAAUUGAGGAACUGGAGGAGGAAAUUGAGGCCGAGCGCGCGAUCCGGGCGAAGACCGAGAAGCAGCGAGUUGACCUGUCCAGGGAGCUGGAGGAGAUCAGCGAGCGCCUGGAAGAAGCAGGAGGAGCUACUGCAGCUCAGAUUGAUAUGAAAAAGAAGCGGGAGGCAGAGGUCCCGAAGAUGCGCCGUGACCUGGAGGAGGCCACGCUGCAGCACGAAGCCACGGCUGCCGCCCUGCGCAAGAAGCACGCGGACAGCACAGCUGAGCUGGGGGAGCAGAUCGACAACCUGCAACGCGUGAAGCAGAAGCUGGAGAAGGAGAAGAGUGAGCUGAAGAUGGAGAUUGACGACCUGGCCAGUAACAUGGAGUCUGUCUCCAAGGCCAAGGCAAAUCUGGAGAAGAUGUGUCGCUCCCUAGAAGAUCAACUCAGUGAGAUCAAGACAAAGGAGGAGGAACAACAGCGCACAAUUAAUGACAUUAGUGCUCAGAGAGCUCGUCUACAAACAGAAUCUGGUGAAUACUCACGCCAGGUGGAGGAGAAGGAUGCACUGAUUUCUCAGCUGUCAAGAGGCAAGCAGGCUUUCACCCAGCAGAUUGAGGAACUCAAGAGGCACCUGGAGGAAGAGAUAAAGGCCAAGAACGCCCUGGCCCACGCCUUGCAGUCUGCUCGCCACGACUGUGACUUGCUCCGGGAACAGUAUGAGGAGGAGCAGGAAGCCAAGGGGGAGCUGCAGCGUGCCCUGUCCAAGGCCAACAGCGAAGUGGCCCAGUGGAGAACCAAAUACGAGACGGACGCGAUUCAGCGCACCGAGGAGCUGGAGGAGGCCAAGAAGAAGCUGGCACAGCGGCUGCAGGAUGCAGAGGAACACGUUGAAGCCGUCAAUGCCAAAUGUGCUUCCCUGGAAAAGACCAAGCAGAGGCUGCAGAAUGAAGUGGAGGACUUGAUGAUUGACGUGGAGCGCUCAAACGCUGCCUGUGCAGCUCUGGAUAAGAAGCAGAGGAACUUUGACAAGAUCCUGGCCGAGUGGAAGCAGAAGUAUGAGGAGACGCAGGCUGAGCUGGAAGCCUCCCAGAAGGAGUCUCGCUCUCUCAGCACCGAGCUGUUCAAGAUGAAGAAUGCCUAUGAGGAGUCCUUGGACCACCUGGAGACGCUCAAGCGCGAGAACAAGAACCUGCAGCAGGAGAUUUCCGACCUGACGGAGCAGAUUGCCGAGGGAGGAAAGGCGAUUCAUGAGCUGGAGAAAGUCAAGAAGCAGAUUGAGCAGGAGAAGUCUGAACUCCAGGCCUCCCUGGAGGAAGCUGAGGCCUCCCUGGAACAUGAAGAGGGGAAGAUCCUGCGCCUCCAGCUUGAGCUCAACCAAGUGAAGUCGGAGAUUGACAGGAAGGUGGCAGAGAAAGAUGAGGAGAUUGACCAGCUGAAGAGAAACCACCUCCGAGUUGUGGAGUCCUUGCAGAGCACCCUGGACGCUGAGAUCAGGAGCAGUAAUGAAGCCCUGAGGCUGAAGAAGAAGAUGGAGGGAGACCUGAAUGAAAUGGAGAUCCAGCUCAGCCACGCCAACCGUGUGGCUGCAGAGGCACAAAAGAACCUGAGGAACACACAGGGAGUGCUCAAGGAUACCCAGAUACAUUUGGAUGAUGCUCUCAGGUCGCAGGAGGACCUGAAGGAGCAGGUGGCCAUGGUGGAGCGUAGAGCAAACCUCUCACAGGCUGAAAUUGAGGAGCUACGUUCAGCACUAGAACAAACAGAGAGGUCUAGAAAGAUGGCUGAGCAGGAACUCAUGGACGCAAGUGAGCGUGUACAGCUUCUCCAUACUCAGAACACCAGCUUGAUCAACACCAAGAAGAAGCUGGAAACAGACAUUUCCCAAAUUCAGAGUGAAAUGGAGGAUACAAUCCAGGAAGCCCGCAAUGCUGAAGAGAAGGCCAAGAAGGCCAUCACUGAUGCAGCCAUGAUGGCAGAAGAGCUGAAGAAGGAGCAGGACACCAGUGCCCACCUGGAGAGGAUGAAGAAGAACCUGGACGUUACAGUGAAGGACCUGCAGCACCGUCUGGAUGAGGCUGAGCAGCUGGCCCUGAAGGGAGGCAAGAAGCAAAUCCAGAAGCUGGAGGCCAGGGUGCGGGAGCUGGAAGGGGAGGUUGAUGCUGAGCAGAAGCGCAGCGCUGAAGCCGUGAAGGGUGUGCGCAAGUACGAGAGGAGGGUGAAGGAGCUGACCUACCAGUCUGAGGAAGACAGGAAGAAUGUUCUCAGGCUCCAGGACCUGGUGGACAAGCUGCAAAUGAAAGUGAAAUCCUACAAGAGACAAGCUGAGGAGGCUGAGGAACUGUCCAACGUCAACCUCUCCAAGUUCCGCAAGAUCCAGCACGAGCUGGAGGAAGCCGAGGAGCGGGCUGACAUUGCAGAGUCACAGGUCAACAAGCUCCGGGCCAAGAGCCGUGAAAUCGGCAAGAAGGUGGAAAGUGAAGAGUAGAUGCCUCCAGUGAUGCCAAGUGAAAGAGAAUUGCACAAAAUGUGAAAUUCUGUCACUUGUUGAUUUCUUAAUCGCUGCUUCGUCCUUUCGUCGAUCUCUAGAUAAUGAAUGCCUAGAUAA